AUGCUCGAGGCGCAGAAGACAAUGCUGGAGGCGCGCAUCAGGCACCUGCGGCGCCUGGCCCCCCCCGGACCCGCCUCCGAGGCGUCCAAACAUCCGCCGGAUCCGGAUGUGCACUCCUCCGGCCUGUCCGUGAGCAGCAUGACCCCCGGGGGGGUCAAGCGGGCGAAUCAGGGGGCGCCCGGAGGGGCGAAGGCGCCCAAGCGGGCCCGGAGGCCCAGCCCGGGCAGGGCGGAGGUCCCCAGAGGAGGGCAGGCGGUCAGGGAUGACGACCCGCUGGCGCAGUGCAGGAAGAUUUUGUCCAAGCUGAAGAAGCAGAGCGCCAGCCGGCCGUUCCGGCAGCCCGUGGACCCGGUGCUGCAGCAGUGCCCGAACUACUACGAGGUGGUGCGGCACCCGAUGGACCUGGGCACGGUGGGGGAGCGGCUGGGCCUGGGGCGGGACGCGGGCAAGAGGUACGCCGACCCGCUGGAGUUCCGGGACGACGUGCGGCAGAUCUUCGCUAACUGCCGCGUGUACAACCCGCACGGCCACGUGGUGCGCAAGAUGGGUGAGAAGCUGUCGGAGAAGUUCGAGGCGCUGUGGGCGGAGGCCGGGAUCGAGAGGGCGUGGGAGGCGCGGGGCGGAGGCGCGGCCGGGGAUGCAAGAGCGGAAAACAGGUCCGCAUCCCGCCCAGGGCAUGCAUCCACCGCCCCAGGGAACGACAGCGAUCCUGGGUCUCUGCUUCGCGUACAGUCUCUGGCAUCCGAGCUAGCAAGAAUCCUGUCCAAGGACCGCACAGCGACAGAUGCUGGACAGGGGCCAAUGCCCUUUGCCCUGAUACGCAAGCUAAGCCAGCGCUUGGACCGAGAGGAUGUCGUCCGUAGGCACCCGGACCUACUGUCGCUCAUUGCCAGCCAGGUCAACCAUGGUCUUGCACUUGAGGGGGGGCAGAGCAUCGACUCCCUGGGGAACACAGUGCUGUGGAAGCUGCACAGGGCAGCGACGCCGAAGCAUAGCUGA